AUGGCGGAGCUGCAGCUGGACCCGGCGAUGGCGGGGCUGGGUGGGGGCGGCGGGGGUGCGCUGGGCGACGCGGGCGGCCCGGGGCGCGGCCCCCCCAGCCCUCGCCCCGCCGGCCCCGCGGCCCGCGCGCACAGCCGCCCGCCCGCCGCCGCGCAGCCGCUGGAGCCGGGUCCCGGGCCGCCCGAGCGGGCGGGGGGCGGCGGCGCGGCCCGCUGGGUCCGGCUGAACGUGGGCGGCACCUACUUCGUGACCACCAGACAGACCCUGGGCCGGGAGCCCAAGUCGUUCCUCUGCCGCCUCUGCUGCCAGGAGGACCCGGAGCUCGACUCGGACAAGGAUGAAACAGGGGCCUAUCUGAUUGACAGGGACCCCACCUACUUUGGUCCUAUCCUAAACUACCUCCGCCACGGGAAGCUCAUCAUUACCAAGGAGCUGGCUGAAGAAGGUGUGCUGGAAGAAGCAGAGUUCUACAACAUCGCAUCUCUGGUGCGCCUGGUUAAGGAAAGGAUACGGGACAAUGAGAACAGAACAUCACAAGGGCCCGUGAAGCACGUGUACAGAGUCCUGCAGUGCCAGGAGGAGGAGCUCACGCAGAUGGUCUCCACCAUGUCUGACGGCUGGAAGUUUGAACAGCUGAUCAGUAUUGGAUCUUCCUAUAACUAUGGAAACGAGGACCAGGCAGAAUUCCUCUGUGUCGUCUCCAGAGAACUAAAUAAUUCCACCAAUGGCAUCGUCAUAGAGCCGAGUGAAAAGGCAAAGAUUCUUCAGGAGAGAGGAUCUCGGAUGUAAACUCCAGGAUCCUGAAGGUCAAGAGAGUGACCCUGCAGACCACUCUGAAGUUCAAUCUCGCUCCUGUACAGUAACCGAGCUACUGCAAAGCAACGCUGAGCCUGGCCCCAGCCGAGAAGUGUUUUGGUCAAAACCAAAGGCGCCCCACACCCACCCACAGGAACCCAAGGACAGAUGCACCUUCCAGCGCAGAAACCUGCUUUUGUUUCCUCAGCCGGUGUCAGAACAGAUCUUUACAGCAGCCGCAGGGCUGGGUUCCCAGGCAGAGCCCUUCUGGGGGCCUGGGGGAAGGGGAGAGGAAGGCCUAGCUCCUUGUAUGUGUCUGUACCUCAAGGAAGCUGGAGCAGAAAACAGGAGAUGGUCCCUGAAUGGUGACAGGUUUUCACCAGGUGCAUGCGCCACAUGGGGUGUUGGCAGCCGCUUUGUGACACUCCCCCCACCUGCUGUGUACCCAGAACCACACAGCAGACUCAGAGGACCCAAGCGUCAGUCUAUCCAAGGAGGGUCUGGAUAAAGGCCAGAGCUGCCAAGUACCCCACUCUCCUCUGAACAAAGCCUCUUCUCCAAGGGGCCUGAGGUGUCCUUGGUUGUGGUUGGGGAUCGCUGCUCUGGAUUCGGGGCACUUGGCUGCUGCCACGUCUGCUCUGGCCCGGUUGUCUGCAGCGGCCUGGACCCUCCAUGUGGCUGACCUUCUCCCCGAGGAGAGGUUUGAGGCGCCUGCACUGCAUCAGAGGAGAGUCUUUGGUCAUCGGCGUGACUGCUUCUGCAGCCCUUUCUCACCUUCCUUUGGCUCGUCUUCCUUCCCUGACUUUCUAACUGGACCAGGGAUAGAAGGGACCUUGGCCCCUCUGAUGGCGUGGGGUGGACACGGCUGUUCCUUUGGAAGUUGCCAAAUGUGUUCUCUUGUUGUAUCCCAAAGUGUCGUUAUUUCUGUGCUUGUCUCUUGGAAACGCCUGGACAGAGUACGUGGUAUUUGUGUCUCUUGUGUCUGACCUGGCACACCGGCCCCACGGCGGCGGCGGUGGCCCCCAGCCCACAGUGCAUUUGUGUGAACCAGGCAGUCUGCCUCCUCCUGGCGCCCCCACCCCACAUGCCCUCCCUGUCGCUGCUUGCUCUGGAGCGCCGUGCCGCCGCGGACACGCUUCCUGGCCCGGGAGCCAGCCCUCCUUGGGGCCUGUGACUGGACUUCUCUCCGCACUUUGCAGUCUUGGUGAGCACGGGCCGGAGCACCCUUCCUGUGCUGGACAACCUUCAGCAGCGUGGCGCGUGGUCCGGAGUCUGGGGAGCUGCUCUGGGGAACACUCCACCUGAAAGCCACCCCCACCCCCCACCGGCUGGAGCCUGGCUUCCUUCACAGUGGGGUCCUGCUCCCAAGCGGGGCCUGGGGCAGUUUCCAGAAGUGACGAUGGACUGUGCCGGUGUUGCCUGAGCCCACACACUGCCCGUGCUCAUCUCCUCUCCAGGGUCACACUUUGUCAGAUUCCUGUGUGUAGAGCAGGGUGGGUGCAGGGGGUCUGCUGGCAGGCGUGGCUCUGUCCCAUGAGUCUCACAGCCAGGCCAGGUUCGCGCAGCUUCUGCCAACAGCAAAAGCAGUCACCCCUUCAAAAAAGGUCACAGGCCUCUACCCAGUCAGCUUUCAAGGGGGAAAGACUUGGACGUGUGGCGGAGUCGGGGCAAUGGGAGUGGCGAGGGCCUUGGAGGGGCCACAGUGAGUGGCAUGAAAUGAUGGGGGCGCAGGUUGCUUCUGGGGACCCCACAGCCAGCCUCUGAUCCCCAGCCAGUGGGAAGGAGUGGGAGGACCUGAGGGCAGACGGGGCAGGUCCCUCAGCCCGGCAGCUCCAUGGGUUGGUUUGCAGAAUUGCACCUGGAGCCUGCAAGACACUGACCCCCUAGCUACGGGCCCCCAGGCCGCUCGCGCUCCUGAGGGCUGGCUCCCGCCACCCAUGGCAGCCCCGUGACAGUGGUUCCAGUGCUCCAGAAGUGAAGGUGACUCAUUUCUUAAGGCCUGUGGAAGACUAUUUCACCUGUUUCCUUUAUGAACCAAGUCUCAGUAUUUUUUUUCUUGAAAGCCUUCUCCCACCUGGGGACGUCCGGCUGAUCACCUCAGAAAGAGGCCCAGUCACUGGUUUGUGGUGUCGCGUGACCAGGCACCCACGCUCUCCAGCGGCCUGAUGCUGCCAGGUGGGGCGGACCCCUGCUUCCUCCUCUGGGGGGGGCCGAGCAGCCGCCUGGCAUCGCAGGACGACGCUGGAGUGUCAGUGCUCAGGGCCUGCGCUGGUUCCUGGCCUGUGAGGUGGGGCCCAGCCUCCUGUAAAGGGACUGUUUCCAAGCUUUAACUGAUCUCAGGGUGUCUGGGGAGGCAGAGGGGAGGCAGGAUGGAAAUGCUGAGGGAGUAGGGCCAGGAGGACACCCACCCCGCAGCGUGGCCUUUGAUCCAGACGUUCAGAACCAUGCCUGUCACUUGUGGGUGCCCUUUGUUUCUGUUUGCGUGUUUGAAAAAAGUCUGAAACGCUGUAGCUUUUUUUGUCAAUAAAGACAUGAAACAAACUCUGGGUCUCGGAGCCUUUGGGGUGCUUCUCCAGCGCCACCUGCUCCCUGCCUUCCAGUCCCUUGUGGUUCUCAGCAGUGCUCGAUGGGGGACGCUGCCUCCGAAUUCCCCCUUUCUCCUGCUGCUAAACUGCCCGUGGGGCAUGGGGCCCCCCUCCUCUCAUUGUACUGAAUUCGGCAAGACCCAAGAGAUCAACAGAGGUCAGCCCAUCAGAGAGCUGGGAAGAUGAGGGAAGGAGGAGGAGGUUGUUUUAAGGGGAAAGUCAUCGUGGAAUCUUUCCUAGGGGCCCCUGUUCUCUCAGCAAGGAAGAGAAAGAAAUACAAGGUGAGCAUCUAGUAACAAGUGAGGUUUUAGUAACUUAAGGGAUCUCGCAGAGCAUGGAAUCCUCAGGGCAUUAGCUAG